GCUAUUUAUCAUCGAACCCCUCUCCUAUGCUGUAACAUUUUUUUUUUUCUCCAUCUACAACUUCAAUCAAUCUCUCCAACAUUCACAAUGGCCGCAAAGCUCACCCUCCAGUCUACGCAGAAGCUCCUCUCGGGCUACCAGAUCCCGGUGCUCGGAUAUGGGGUCUACCAGACUCCAACAGACGUCGCCGAGGAAGUCACGGUCGAAGCCCUGAAGCUCGGCUACAGACACAUCGACUCCGCCGCCGCAUACAAAAACGAAAAAGAAGUCAGCGCCGCAAUCGGAAAGGCCGGGCUCGCGCGCUCCGACGUCUUCCUGACAACCAAGAUCCCGCCCGGCGCUAUGGGCUACGAGGCGUCGAAGCAGAGCAUCGACGAGAGUCUGAACAAGGCGAGCACGGAUUAUUUUGAUUUGAUCCUAAUCCAUGCCCCCUACGGCGGAAAGGAAGGACGGUUAGGCUCUUGGCGCGCGCUCGUCGAGGCGCAAAAGGCUGGAAAGACGCGGUCGAUCGGCGUGUCCAAUUAUGGGAUCCAUCAUCUGGAGGAGCUCGAGGGGUAUAUCAAGUCCGGCGGUGGCGGGAGUAUCGACGUUGGGCAGUAUGAGCUGCACCCCUGGCUUGGCCGAGCGGAUUUGGUGUCCUGGUUGAAGAAGCGCGGGGUCGUUGUUGAGGCGUACUGUCCCCUUGUGAGGAAUCAGCGCAGUGAUGAGCCGGUUCUCCAGGAGCUGAGUAAGAAGCAUGGCAAGACGCCGGCGCAGGUGUUGAUUCGGUGGAGUUUGCAAAAGGGAUUCGUGCCGCUUCCGAAAUCCGUCACGCCCUCGCGCAUCAAGGAGAACGCUGAGGUCUUUGACUUUGAGUUGGACGAGGGCGACAUGGCCAAGCUGACCACGGACAAAUACGAGCCAUGCGCAUGGGAUCCCACCGUCAUGCAGGACUAAUCAGACAAACCGUCCCAUCUACAGCAUCCGCAGUAAUGCCAUGCCAUAGCUCAGGCAGUAGUUAGAUCUGGUAUAAAAUCCAAAACCCCCAACUUUCUAAGCAACCUCUCCAACUUCCCCUUUGCCUCAUCAUCAAUAGCAACAACAUCCGCGCCCCCUUGCAAAACCUCCAGAUACGCCGCGCCAAUAUCCCUGAUCUUCGGAAUAAGACUGUACCCAUUCGCCUCCAGGAUCGGCUGCGGGAGAUGAUACAGCACCUCGAGUAGAUCAUUCACGAUACUAUGGUGCUCCUCUUCAUGCUGGGGCUCGCGCUCGCGCUCACCCUUGGUCGCGAACUGCUGCAGUAGGUUCGAUCGCACAUAUAGACUCGUGAUGAAGAUAUUCGCGAUUUGAAUGUCAUGGCCCCGCGUUGCGUUCUGUGGCCGUGACAUUCCGCCGCGCCAGCGGAGUUCCGGUGGUAAGGAAUCGAUCGUGCUUCGGAUUCGGGACAGGCCGGUCGAGAGCACCUGCA